CAAACGAACCAGAAUGACAACACCGUCUCACGCCGUCGUCAUGGCCUCGUUCUCCGAAGAAGAUCCAUGACGAUGAGCUGGAAAAUGGAUCUUCUUCUCCAGGACCUCAUCGUCGAGUCUUUCGUUAUUACAGUCUUGUCCUCCUCCUCAUGCUAGACAUCACCAUGCGUUGGUUUGCUUCGUCUUCAUCAUCAUCUGCUCCAUCGUCAUCAUCCUCGCCGAAGAAGAAGUCCAGGGUGGACAGCGGGUGGAUGUUUCGGUCGAGGAGGAAGGCCUCGCAGCAGCAGAGGAAACUGCUCAAUGUGGGGAGAGACUAUGACGGUGUAAGCAAAUCUUCCAGCGCUUCGGGGUCGGAGUCUGCGCUGGCAAGCCCUCAGCCGCUUCCUUUGCCGGAGUCGGCCAACCGCCGAGGAGGAAGGUGUUCUCGCUGUAGCUCAUUGGGACAUGAGCAAUGCUUCCCUUCCCCGGCUCCCAGUGUGUUUUCUUGCCAAGAUAAUCCAAAGAAUAACAAUCAAGUACGUGAGACAGUGUCGUCUAGGAGGAAUAAUCGAGAUCGAAAUCGUUUACAAAUUGGUGAAUAUGACUUCAGUCUUGAUUUUCCUGUUAGAAGUGCACCGACUAGUCCAUGCGCAAGUCCUAGAUUGUGUGGGCACAGACCAACUGUUGCUGAUUUUGGGGCUCCUCCAGGAAAUCAAGUCUGGUCUGCACCGGGGAUGACUGUUAAUGAUAUGACUCAACCCCCCCAUGCCUUACCAGAUGUAUUUAGUAAUGAAAGUUCCCCUAUAAACAGUCCCACAGGUAGAAGUCCCCUUCGACAACCACAAGGAUCAUCCCCACUGCAUCCCCGGUUAUCUGUUACCUCUGAAGUCUAUCCAUUGCCUCUGCCUCCAGGAGCAAGUCUCCCUUCACCUAGUGUGCCAUCACCACAACCCGCACUCACACCUAAGCAAGAGUCCCAGCCAAUUAAAGGGCAAUGGCAAAAGGGAAAGCUUAUUGGUCGCGGCACAUUUGGCAGUGUGUAUGUUGCUACCAAUAGAGAAACUGGUGCUUUAUGUGCAAUGAAAGAAGUUGAACUACUUCCUGAUGACCCGAAAUCAGCAGAGUGUAUAAAGCAGCUACAGCAGGAAAUCAAAGUCCUCAGCCAGCUCAAGCAUCCUAAUAUUGUGCAGUACUAUGGAAGUGAAAUUGUUGAAGAUCGGUUUUUUAUAUAUCUGGAGUACGUUCAUCCUGGUUCUAUAAACAAAUAUGUUCAUGAACAUUGUGGAGCCAUGACAGAAGCUGUUGUUCGCAGUUUUACUCGCCAUAUACUUUCUGGGUUGGCUUACUUGCACGGCACAAAAACAAUACACAGGGACAUCAAAGGGGCUAAUAUGCUUGUGGAUUCAUUUGGGGUUGUCAAGCUAGCUGACUUUGGAAUGGCAAAACAUCUUUCAGGACACGUAGGGAAUCUUUCUCUAAAGGGAAGUCCAUACUGGAUGGCUCCAGAGCUGAUGCAAUCUGAGAUGCAUAAAGAUAACAGCUCCGAUUUGGCUCUUGCUGUUGAUAUAUGGAGCUUGGGUUGUACUAUAAUUGAAAUGUUCACCGGAAAACCACCUUGGAGUCAGUAUGAAGGGGCUGCAGCCAUGUUUAAAGUCAUUAAGGAUACUCCACCAGUUCCAGAAACAUUGUCGCCUGAGGGUAAGGAUUUCCUUAGGUGCUGCUUCCAAAGAAACCCUGCUGAUAGGUCGACUGCUGCAAUGCUAUUAGAACAUCGUUUUGUAAAAAGCUCCCAGCCGCAGGAAGUGCCAUCUACAAACUAUGCUUCUACUGGGAUGAAUCUCAUGGAAGGGGCUCAGGCUCCAACUGAACUUGAAAGAAAACUAUCAAGUUCACUGAUGACUCCCAACAUCGGCACACGAUUAACUAUGGGAAAGGCAGCUCUCUAAGUGGUAAGGCAGCUCUCCAUUUGCAUACUUCGACCACAGAUGAGUGCAUUCCUCAUCUGGUAAUUGCCAAGCCUUGCUUUUUGCCGGAUCAAGCUUCAUGCAAAAUCUUCUCUUCGGUAACAAUUUCCUCCUGAAACUUCCAGAUACGACAAUGGCUAGCCCCAUACUCUUCUCCUCAUCCUGCCUUCAUGGCCUGUCACCGAAUAUAUCAUCUAACUUGGCUUGAAAGUACCUCCUUUACUCCCUGCACAUAUUGUUCAAACAUUGUGGAAAGGGAAAGGAUUGUAGCUACGUCUCAGUCCUGAAUAUUACUGUAGUAGGCCCUGAAUAGUAAAUCAGUGCUGAAAUUGAUGUACU